AUGGACUCCAUCAUUGCUCAAAUCCAAGCUCUCGCCCAAGAUACCGACGAAGCUGGACGGCUGAACAUCAUUCAGUCUCUCAAACGAGUGAGAAAUGAGCUUCAGUCUCCGAAAGAUACAUUAAUGGAGCUUGCAGUACCGGGCCUAACGAAUGCGAUGCUCCGAAUUAGUGCAGAUCUAGGACUACUUCGCUCUCUCACGAGAAGCGAUGUAUCCUUGAGUAUCACGCAAGUUGCGGAGCUAACGGGGGCGUCUCCUCCAUUCCUAGAGAGGAUUCUUCGUUACCUGGCAGCGCUAGAUAUGGUAAAGGAGACCGGAGUCAACGAGUAUACCGCAAAUAGCAUCACUCAUGCUUUGGCCAGCUCCAAGGGCGAGGCCAUGAUAUACCACGGGUUCGACACAUAUGGACCUGUCGUACAAGCAAUGCCCGCCUACUUCGCUGAAAACAAGUAUCAAGAUGUCACAGUCAACACCAACACCCCAUUCCAGAAAGGUCACAAUACCAAACUCACCUCAUUCGAGUGGCUUGUGCAGCAUCCAAAGCACUUCGGAAACCUGCAAAAGAUUAUGACCGCUCUUCAAGGAUCAGAGUGGAUCGAGGGCUUCAAUCUUUUCAACGAAGAAGCCCGCAAUGUUCCGUUCAAGGUUUCAUCCGCUGCCCCGGAGAAACCCUUCUUCGUCGACGUCGGUGGCGGCCACGGUCAUCAAUGCAUCGAGCUUGGAAAGAAGUAUCCCAAUCUCCUAGGUCACCUCGUUCUCCAAGAUUUGCCAGAGGCAGUGGAAAAUCUCGCUCCCAUUGAUGGUGUGAAGAUUGAGGCGUAUGACUUUUUCCAAACACAGCCUAUCAUUGGCGCCAAGUUCUAUUAUCUCCGCAGAAUCAUGCAUGAUUGGCCCGACGACAAAGCCGCAACAAUUCUCCGCAACGUUCGCGCCGCCAUGGGCCCUGACUCGCGGAUCUUGAUCGAUGACGCCGUGCUGCCGGAUACUGGCGCUAACUGGCAAUCGGCCAUGGCUGAUCUUGCCAUGAUGACCUUUGCUGGUAAAGAGCGGACGAAACAUCAAUGGGAGUCGCUUGCGGAAAGUGCGGGUUUGCGUGUGGAACAGAUUCAUACUUAUGUUGCUUCAACUUAUACCGCUGUUCUCGUUUUGGUUGCGCAGUGA